AGUAAUUAAAGCAUUCGCAAAUCACUCAAACGGCUUAAUGACUAUUUCGUUAUUAGAAGUCGAGUUGAACAGUUCAGUUUAAUAGCAUCAAAUAAAACUUUGAUAUAAAGAAAUAGAACGUCUCAAAAUGAGCAACAACAUUGUGUUGAGUUUCGUGGUCUUGCUGGCUAUUUCGUUUGUUCAUUCCUUUCCAAAGUUGGAAGGAAGCGAUGAAAAUGCACAGAUAGCCAAGUUGAUGUCCGUAAUGAAGAACCUGAAUGUAACUUCGCUCAAAGCCUUAUCAAAAUUGAAGGAUAAGUCCGGUGAAAGUGGUGAAAGCGAUGAAUCGGUGGAAGGUUAUAUAGACAUGUUUUUCGACUUAGUUUUCGAAGAAGACGACAGCAGUGAGGAGAAUACGGACUUGGCAUUCGGUCCCGAUUUCGAUCCAAGUCAAUUUUUUGCACUUCUAAGCAAUGAUGUCGAAAGAUCAUUCCAACGAAAGUGUAAGAAAAUAUCUGGAAGUGAUGAGACGUUCGGCAAAAUUAAAGCAGCUAGCAAAGAUUUGGGACAAUGUCUGAAGAGCUAUGUGAAAUCAGAAGAAAUGCGAGCAGCAUAUUCAAACUUGAAGAGCGAAGAAGACUUCCAUACACUCAUCAAAACAUUGUGCCGUACGCGCCAUGUUGCAUUCAAAUGUGUCGACAAUUCCAUGGAAGUAAAUGCACAGUGCUCGUUCCCAAGUGAAAUUGAAUUCGAUAACUCAAUUCGCCGGAUUGUUUACGGUCUGUUAGAUGUAACUUGUGCAAACGAUGGAAAUGACUUCAUAUCAUUGAUCACCGGACAGGGGCGCCAGUGCCUCCAGGAAAACCUAAACGAACUCAAGACGUGCCAAUACAAAGAGAUACAUGCUAUUCUGAAAGGAUUGAUUGUUAAACUAAUUGAGUACGAGAGAUUCGAAUGGAAAAUGGACGCAGAUGACUGCAAAUCCCUCGGCGAGAUACAGAGUUGCUUCGAAUCGGCUGUUGAAAAUUGCGUUGAAGCUAAUCCGAAAAAUUACGUUACUUCGUUCUAUCAAGUCCUUUAUAACGAAACGGAAUGUGCUCAAAUUACACCUAUUCAAGCCGGGCUUUUGAAUUGAAUUUUGAAUGAAUUCACGAUCAAAUAAUAUUUCGAUUCGUUGAUGUCAUUUUGUAUGAUUUUUACGAUGAUAAAUACAGAGAAUUGAAGAACAAUAA